AUGAUGACGCGAGCGUGGAGGGCUUUUGUGUCCAUUGCGCUGGUGUUAGCACUGAUUAGCAUAUAUACAGAACAAGCAGACCUAGUGAAAGUAGGCAAACCGGUGGUAAAUUCAGAAGCGAAGGGAAUUCUGGCUGCUGGCCAAAACACGAAUACGUAUGCUUCAGUGGCAACAAGUAUCCACCAUGACGAUCCCAGCGACAUUCCAACGGAUUACGAAACCGAAAUCAUAACUGAGACGAUUGCCGUUACACAUGUUGUUACUGGUGGCGACGAGUGCGAAAUUCCUUUGUGCGCAGUGGUCGAGAUAUGCAACAAUCGCAAUCUGACGCACGCUGAAAUAAUGAAUGGCAUAAGCGACAUCAAUGAAAGGUUGUGUAUGGAUCCAGCAUGUACUAGUACUGACCAUUCUUUCUUGCUGGUGGACUACUACGAAGUUUCGCAGGCUCGCGGGUAUGAAUCAUGA